AUGAAAGAGUCUAAUGAAAAGCAUGAUGAGAUAAUAUUUUUGUCUAAUCUCUCAGCUUGUGUGCAUAAGGGAUUUGUAGAUGAUGGUUUAGAGAUUUUUUCCAAGAUAGAGAAUUAUGGGUGUCGGCAAUUCACGUGUCGUUCUGUAAUAAACUCCAAGAAGGGAGCAAUUUUUGAAAAAUAUUUAAGCAAACGGGACGGUGAUGGACUGUUUUACAUGCAAGCAUGUUACUUGAUAGCGGCACCUUUGGACCGUGGGUUGAAUCGUGCAGGCAGGCAGAAAUGCAUUGAGAAGACGGGGAAGCCAUCCCAGACAGUUUCUUUCUUCUGUCCCGUAUGUAAUGCCCCGUUGGUGUACUACACUGAUUAG